AUGUCUACCGAAGCAGCCAACGCGACCCCCAAGGUCAAGCUCGUCACCAGCGACAAUGCCGAGAUGGAGGUCGACCGCCAGGUCGCCGAGCGCUCCAUCCUGAUCAAGAACCUGCUCGAGGAUCUCGGCGGCGACAACGACGAGGCCAUCCCCAUCCCCAACGUCAACGAGGCCGUCAUGAAGAAGGUCCUCGAAUGGUGCGAGCACCACCGCAACGACCCCCCCGCCUCCCAGGACGACGACUCGGACUCGCGCAAGAAGUCGACCGACAUCGACGAGUGGGACCAGAAGUUCAUGCAGGUCGACCAGGAGAUGCUCUUCGAGAUCAUCCUCGCUGCCAACUACCUCGACAUCAAGGCUCUGCUCGACGUCGGCUGCAAGACGGUCGCCAACAUGAUCAAGGGUAAGUCGCCCGACGAGAUCCGCAAGACCUUCAACAUCCAGAACGACUUCACCCCCGAGGAGGAGGAGCAGAUCCGCCGUGAGAACGAGUGGGCUGAGGACCGCUAA